AGCAGCCCAGGUGAUCCUGAUGGCGAUAUCUUUUGUUACCAGCCGAGCCCAUUUCCACUCUCUCGCCACUUGCACUUCCUUCUAUGCUAAAUCUCCCUUCCUUUUCCUUGUUUUUUUUCCCUCUCUUAACUGUCUGUUAUUUUUUUUUAUUUGUUACUUUAUUAUUGGAUAUGCCAUCCCUACACUCCUCCCUCACUGCGCUUCUUCUCCCUCUCCAACCCUUGUAAGCCCCUUUUCACUAGAUCCAACGUUUCUCUAAAUUUUGAAGAAGACAGAGACCAGCCCUGGGUGACUAUGUAAUUCAGUCCUUUUUUGUCAGAAAUAUCCUCUCUUUUUUUUUUUGGUAGUACUAAAAUUUUUGAGCUGGGGAAUUUGGAAAUUUGUUAAUUAGACGAUGUGAUUGGAUUUGGAUUGGCUGCUGGUCGAGUUCUUUUUGGUUUUGCAAACGUGAUCUUCGGUCUUAGUCAUGGACACUCGCAGCGAUGCAGAAAGCAGUUCCUUUUUAAGUUUGUCCGCAGCCUUGUCAUAUGGGAUUGCUUCGAUGGCCAUGGUUUUCAUCAAUAAAGCAAUUCUUAUGCAGUAUACGCACUCCAUGACCCUUCUCACUGUGCAGCAAUUGGCGACUGCCUUGCUCAUUCACUUUGGCCGGCAAAUGGGUUACACAAAAGCUAAAGAGAUUGAUAUCACGACAGCUAAAAGGCUUCUCCCUGUUUCUCUAUUUUACAAUGCUAAUGUGGCAUUUGCUCUUGCAAGCUUGAAAGGCGUUAACAUUCCUAUGUAUAUUGCUAUAAAGAGGCUCACACCACUUGCUGUGCUCAUUGCUGGAUUCUUUUCAGGAAAGGGAAAGCCUACAACUCAGGUGACCCUUUCAGUACUUUUGACUGCUGCAGGAGUUAUUGUAGCUGCAAUGGGAGAUUUUUCUUUUGACCUUUUCGGAUACAGCAUGGCCCUAACUUCUGUGUUUUUCCAGACCAUGUACCUGGUGUUGGUGGAGAAGUCUGGUGCAGAGGAUGGGCUUUCUUCAGUGGAAAUAAUGUUCUAUAACAGUUUUCUUUCUCUUCCAUUUUUGCUAUUUCUCAUCAUAGCGACAGGAGAGUUUCCAAAUUCUUUGUCAUUAUUAUUUGCAAAGAGCAAUUCUUUCUCUUUUUUGGUGAUCCUGCUUCUUUCUUUGGUUAUGGGCAUUGCUCUUAACUACACCAUGUUUUUGUGUACCAUAGUUAACUCUGCUCUAACUACAACCAUUGUUGGAGUACUCAAAGGCGUAGGGUCCACGACGCUUGGUUUUGUAUUACUCGGUGGGGUGCAAGUACAUGCUUUGAACGUUACCGGCUUGGUUAUCAACACGGCUGGUGGUAUGUGGUAUUCAUAUGCCAAAUAUAAUCAAAAGAAGAAUAAACCACCAAAACUGAUGCUGGAUCUGGAGGCUCAUCGCAAGUAAUCCAACGUCGAGGGUUCCUACAAGGUUUCUAACUGCUGGUUUCUUUUCCAAGUUUCCGAUCGUGUCAUUCAUCAAAUAGAUCAUGAAUUGAUUAUUUAUCAAUCUUCCAUUCCUUAAGCGUAUGAUUUAGUAGGAGAAUUGUCUUAAGUUAGCAUUCAAGAACCCAACUCUUCCACGUAAGAGAGGUUCGGGAGGGGCAUAGAAAAGCAACAAAAGGAUAUAGAAGGGAACAUUGUCUAUAAUAAUAUUGAUACAUUUAUUGCA